AUGUCAAUACAAUCUCGUAUCCAAUCUGCACUAGAGCAGUUUGUUUCUCUUGCUAUGCUCAAUGAGGACGGCUCCUGUAUGCCACCACUUCAUUUGUGUCAUACAAUUGCCGGUUUGCAAUAUGGAAUCCGCCUGGGGGUUAUGUAUCACUGGCUUGCGGUGUCAAGAUCAAUUGUAUCGGCCAACGACCUCUCAAAUGACGAUGAGGUGACUGCGAUGGAGAAUCACUUUGGUUGGAUCACUCACGAUAAGUGGUUUUCCCCAUUCCAGUCUCUUAGGGAUUGGAUGCGGCUAGCCUCUUCUGCUGUACUGAACCAGCAACAACCUAAUGCAACCCGUUGGGAAGAUCUGGGAAUGACCAAGCUUGUCAUUGGUUCAACUGCCGUUCACCUCACUGGUAUCCGAACAGCAUUGCGGGCGGCCCUAACUCUCUUGCGAACGUUGAUGCAAUCUAUCUUGAAAGGUUGUAGCCUCCCGGAUUGCCUUGUAUCUACUCUUGAGGACAAAUCGGAAAAUCUAUCCACUGGAUACAACUAUAUGGAAGAAAAGAAAUCGAAAGCAGUUCUUAAUGAUAGGAUGAAGAUUCUCAGAGACUGGAUGCAUAAUGGGAACCCUCACUCAGUUCUGGCUGGCAAUUGGCAGGAAUGUUUGAUGGCACCUGGCUUGGCUCUACCGGAUUUGAUUGCACCUUGGGCGGCGUGGAAAUGGUUGGAAAUGGUAGACCAGGUGGUUGAGAUCAUUUACUUUUUGUACCAUGUUGGGUGUGGUCAACCGGCAAGGGGAACAGAAGAAUCUUGCAUGCUUAUUCGUAACUCAGACACGGCUCCACGCAACAUCUACUGGCGAGGAACGCAAAUGAUGUUCCAGACGUGGUAUCACAAAGGGCAAAACAUCUCCCAACGCUCCAAACCGAGGCAAGUCUAUCUGACCGGGGAGUUGUCAAUGCACCUCCACACCUACUUGGCAUUUAUCCGACCCACCCAAAUGUUUUUACUCCGUGGUUUAGGAGAAAAAACAAAUGCAAUUGAUAUGCAGGAGUUCUUGUGGAUGGGUUCACGGAUCGGACGUUUGGAAACACCCGAUUUCAGCCGGAUAUUGAAAAAAUACUUCUUGCACGGUGGGUGUGAAGGUGUAGGGAUUCGAGUCUGGCGCCAAGCUGCCGUCAGCAUUGCAGCUGCACAUCUCUCCAAGAAGAUUCCUGCAAUGCUCUUGCCAAAUUCUGAGUCACUUCAAGAAGACCUAGCCGAGGACCUGGGUUUGCAAACGGUCAUGGACCUCCAGCGAAACCACUCCACAACUACUGCCAAUCACCUAUAUGGAUAUAGUAGUGGAUCUGGUGUUAUGCGGGAUGAAGAACUGAACUUCAAGUUGGCUAGUCAGGUCUGGCAAGCAUUUUGGGGUAUUGAGUCUCUUUGGGCAUCCAAACAGCCUCCUUUACCGGUUCCUGACACCCUUCCACCUGGCGAGAAGGCCCGACAAGCAUUGACAAUCUUUACUAGGAAUCCGAAUGCUCUGUUCCGAUCUGAAUUCCAACACCUUUGGCUCACGGAACUCUUCCGGUCUGAUCUAGAAGAUAUGUUGGUGGUGGCUAAAACUGGAGGGGGUAAAUCCUUGGCAUACUGUUUGCCACCACUGGUCCUCCCACACGAGCGACUCGUGUUGAUCCAACCUCUCAAAGCACUAGUCUCACAAUCCAUGAAGCAGCUGGAACAACUGGAUGGAGUGAAGAGCCAGCUCUACACCCCCCACACACCCAUUGAUGAAACCGCACAAGUAAUUCUGGCCCUGGCUGAUCAUGCUUGCAAAAUUGACUUUCACAUGCAAUUGCGGAUAAAACAACCAACUCGGAUUAUCAUUGAUGAGGUCCAUACUUUCAUGGAGGAUAAGUUUAGGUCUUAUAUACCAGGGAUUGUAUCUCUUGGUCAACUGAGCACACAGAUGGUCUUGAUGACGGGUUCCCUUCCACCUAGCCAAGAAUCUGAACUGCUCCACACGAUUCUUAGUCGCACCCGCCUGACAACCAAACGUGAGAUCACCUUCCGUCCUGAAUUGCAAAUCGAUGUUCAACCAAAGUAUGCAAGUACAGCCAAUCUAGUACCAAUCCUUCAAGGGCUCACCCAAUCCCACAUCCUCAAGAAGAAGGACCGUGCAAUGAUCUUCAUUGAACAUCGGGAAUCUGUUGCCCUAAUCGCUCAAGCUGUUGGUGGCCUGAUGCAUCACUCUGGAAUGUCUGACGAGGAACAAUCCCAGAGUGCAAGCAAGUGGCUCAAACGAGACCAUGGAAUAAUGGUUGCCACCAGUGGAUUUGGAGCGGGGAUUGAUUAUCCUCACGUGCGGCUGGUUGUGAUCUGGGGCUUACCAAGUGCAAAGGAGGCAAACAAGACUUAUCAGGAGAUUGGACGUGCGGGAAGAGACGGAAAGCAAGCCAGAAUUGUAUUGAUUCCUAGGUUUGGUGAUGUGCCCUCGGGCCGCUUGCCUAAUUUUGGUGUUGAUGAUUUCAAAAGGUCUUUGUUAAAUCCAGCUGCAUGUGCCGCCCAAGUAUUUGCAAGAUUGCAAGACUCAAUUCCUCACUCUUGUCGUAAUUACGAAGGCUUCAAUCGGUGUGGUCCUUGCGCCAAAAUGGAUUCCAACCAAGGGAAACGAGCAUACUAUGAACUGGAUCAACGGCACCAGAUUAAAUGUCAGACCGUCGCUACACAGGCAGUUUCUCAGACGCCCUCAGGCUCCACUGUGUCUUUGAUCAAUACCUCUAUUGUUGAACCACUUCAUGAUCCACUACCUCAGUUCUUAUUCAAACCAAUUCAAGAAAAGUUCGAACAACAUCUCAGCUUCGAAACACCAUCUCAGCUAGUCUUACAAAAUGAUCCCCAUAAGGAAUGUGAGACCACUCCUGUGAAUUCCGCUUCCAGAGUUUGUCAUGCAACUGUUUUGGGUUCAAUAGACGUUGGAGUCACUGAACAAACUCCUGCGCGUUGGAAUAAGCAAGUCCCUUUACCUCAAGACAUAUCAGAGUUGCGAGUACCAAUUCCAACAACAUGCCUGGGGAAACGCACAUCUGGGAACGCCGUUGUCGACAUUGUCAACACAGUCGAGCAAUCAAUGAUCCUUGAACCAUUGGAGCGCAUCAAAAGAGCACGGGUGGCUGAGCACACACGGCUGGCUGCUGAAGAAAAUCCUGUAAACCGGCCUGAACAGCCUCGCUCAAUUAACCAAGUGGACCAUCUACGAGCCCAAGGCGGUGAGGCAACUGUCCAGCAUGAGGGCAUACAGCUGCUUGAAUUUGUCCGGAAGAUCAAGGGAAAUUGCAUUGAAUGCUUCUUGCGGACUCGCACUUAUGUCCCAGAACAUAAGAAGUGUUCUUUUACAAAUUCUAAGUGCUUGAGGUGCAGAGAAUCACAAGGGUGGAAUUCAGGUCACACUGUCAGAUUGUGCCCCGCGGCUCGUUUCUCCACAGCUCUGAUGGAAGGCUCCCGGGGAAACUCCUACACGAUAUGCAACCGAUGUGCAUUGCCAUCGGGAACACAAGACCGGAUUCGCUUCCAUGAGAACAACAAGUUUGCCGCUGAAUGCAAUACAGGUUUUGCAAACAUGGCUGAAGCAGUGGGAUGGUUUGUAUACCGGGAGAAAAAGGAGGUCUUGGCUGGAUCCUUUGAUGGAAUUGGAGACCUCGAUGUGCAAAAGUACGCAAAAUGGUUAGGUGUAACAAACAAAGCCCAUGGCCCGGGCCCUUGGCCCAAUGCCAUCAAGUUGGUUUUGGCUUUCUUGAGAUUUGAAGACUAG